UGCCACCCUCUGCCCCGGCCCCUCUCCCCCCACCUCAGAGCUGCCACCUUCUGCCCCAGCCCCUCCCCCCCCACCUCGGAGCUGCUCUCCCCCAGGAGCAUGGAGGCUAUGUACCUGUCCUUGAUCACCAUCCUAGGAGGUCUGUGUCUGGUUCUCACCGUGGUCCUCCUCUACCUGGGCUUCUGUCUGCGGGGCAGCCACAGGGGGAAGUACUCUCUCCGCGCUGCCGCCGCCGCAGCCGCCUCUGCCAAUCACACGGACAGGAAGAGGAAACACAGGAAGCAGCAGCAGAAACGCCACAGUAGCUCCGCCCACCUGGAUCUCAAGACCAUCUCCAGACACUGUAAUGGGAACGGGAUCUGUAACGGUAACGGCGUCUCCCAAAAACCAGGGAACGGUGACACGCACAAAGGGGGCUUCCUCCAGAUCGUCCCGAGAGAGGGCCAGCCGUCCCCCAACAAGGACCCCCCUCCCCCUGCCCCUCCUCUCCCCCCGCCCCCUCAGACCCCCCACAACCCCCUCAACCAAUCAGAGUGUGACUUGCAAGACUUCCCCAGCCCCAACGGCCUAUCGGCGACGUUACCCAGCGUCUUGCGGAGGAUGCACGGUAACAGCUACAUGUUGUUAAGACAGAGUGAGGCGGAGAGCAGCUCCCCUCUCUGCCGCUCCUUCACUGAGGAACUCAACACGAUUCUGGAGAAGAGGAAGCACACGCAGCUGCUGCCAAAACCAAACGAGAGCUCUCUGUAGUAGAGGGAAUACCUCUAUGUGUCAGGGAGGUAGCUCCCCCUCUGGUGGGAGGACUGAACUGGACCCACUAAUAUUGUCCAUUUAGCAGACGCUUUUAUCCAAAGCAACGUACAUCAGUGAGUGGCCAUUGGUGGCCCAAAACAGAGUGCAGUAGAGAUCCUUUGUGGAUGACCCAUGCUGCUCACAGAGUAAAAUGUUUUUAAACUAGCCUGGACUGAAUUAUGAGAGAAGGAGAUGUCCUGCUUACGUUUUUUGGACGUAAUAAAGGGACACAGAUCUGGUUGAAGUAUCAACUGUGUUUCAAAAUAAACUAUUUCUGCACACUAUUCGGCCCCCCUAUCGCUAUCCCCUGUUUGACACCCAAAGCCAUGGGUUACAGUGAGUACACACAUAAGAGAGACAGAGAGAACCUACCCCAGCUCAGCAAAGCUCAGCAGGCUAGACCUAACCCAGUCAAUACACCUCAGUCUGGAUCAAUAAAAGAUGAGCCCUGGAGGGGGUGAUUCAAGAGGCAGGCCUCAAAUCUCAGCCCCAGAUUAAGGCUCCUCGCUGGGCAGGACACGAGGGGCGGCGACCCUGGAAGUCUCAACACAGCCCAUGAUGACAAGGAAGAAGAGGAGGAAGAAGAAGAGGCUCACGGGAAUAUGAGUUCUUGUGAAAUGUGACAAUGACUUGACUUGUGUUUUUAAAUGGAGGCAGCUGUCCAAAGGAGAGACCAGACGUGUUUUAAGAUGUUGUGCUCUACACCUUUGUAGCUGGUUUCAUAUUGGACAUUGAGGGCAAAAUGUGUUUUUAUUCUUAGAAGUUUGUAAAUUAUGUGAAUAUUGAUUACAAUGGUAACACAAAAUGUAAUAACCAAAUUUGAGUAAUAUUAUUAACACAUAUCAACUCUUAAACCCAGACAGAGAGAGUAAUCCAAUGAAAAUACCCUUUGUACAUUAUUUUUGUGUAAUAGGAAAUUGGACAGUAUUAACCGUUUUAAUGAAAUGUAAAUGCCGUUUCCUUCAGACAUCCCCUGGUUAUUAUCUACUCAACUCAAUGGACACUACAAACACAUCAGGAAUAUAAGAGAUUCAACCCCAUCUGAGUAGGAGCCAAUGGAUUACCAGAAUCCAUACACUGCUGUCUCUCUCUCUCCUAUCCUACCCCAACCUAAUGGGUCUGAACUAUGGUUGGUCUGAGCUCUACCACGACAUCACAGCUCGGCCACAGAGGACCAGACAUCAUGUACACCUGAGGUAACCAGGAUAAGUUUUGUUUUCUGGCAGUUGGUUGGUUCUACAGACAGGCAGACAGGCAGACAGACAGGCAGACAGACAGGCAGACAGACAGGCAGCCAGGCAGACAGACAGGCAGCCAGGCAGACAGACAGGCAGACAGACAGGCAGACAGACAGAUAUCGUGGCCAGAUAGUGACAUCCAGGGGAAGUCUGUCUAGUAUGUUUUCCUCUUUUCUUUGAGGGUUGGUUGUGCGAAAGAGAGGGUAGAGUAGAGAGGGCAGAGUAGAGAGGAUAGGGUAGAGUAGA